AUGUCAACAUCCUCCGCAACAGAUUCUUCGAGGGAAUCGUACCCCGACAGCCCCGUCUCCCUCUCCAGCCACAACAUCAACAACCCCGUCUUCUCACUCCCCGUCCCCAACAUCCCCAAAAUCCACCGCUACUAUUCCACCCCAUUGCGAGCAGACUCGCCCGACUCCACCCCGCUGCAGCUGUACGGCCUCGAACAGCGCGAGCCCUCCAUCUACGAGAAACCACGCCUCCUCUGCCGCUUCUCGCACGCCCUCGACGACAUCAAGGAGGACUUUUCCCUGCAAUUGGACCCAAACAACAUGGCCAGCAAGAUCCGGAGCCGACGCCAGUCAAUGCUGAUGUUCGAUACGGCCGCUGGGCCGUCAGGCGCAGACGCAGACGGAGCACUACAUCCCGAUCAGCGUCCCAUCACGGCGUCUGGCCCACCGCGCUCGAGACCCCUCUCCAUCCUCUCCUUCGAUAAUUGGGCCCCGCCCACAAGAGGGCUGAGUCGCCGACUGUCGACUUUCCGGUUCGGGUCGAGGAGGAAGAGGGCUUCGCCGGCGCAGCUCUCGAGCAUCUCGCAGCCGAACUUGAUCGGGUCGUCGACGAACAUGUAG